AUGUAUUCUUUCGCAUCUCUCGCGGCAGUUGGCAGUCUUGCUAUCCAAGCCGUUCUAUCUUUACCUGAUCCAAGUCGAGUUAAGGAACGCGAAGCAGAAUUUGUGAAGCGUUCUGUUGAUUCCUUCAUUGCUACGGAAAGUCCUAUUGCCUUGGCAGAUAUGCUUUGCAACAUCGGAUCUGCAGGAGCUUGUGCUUCUGGUGCAAAUUCUGGAAUCGUUGUGGCGUCGCCUGAUAAGACCAAUCCGGAUUAUUUCUAUACCUGGACACGUGAUUCUGCCUUGACAUUCAAGUGCAUUGUGGACACGUUCAUCAAUAGCUAUUCUUCGUCCCUGCAGACCGAGAUUGAGAACUACAUUGAAGCUCAAGCUUAUAUCCAGACUGUGUCGAACCCUUCUGGUGGUCUUUCCAGUGGUGGGCUUGGCGAGCCGAAGUUCAAUGCAGAUGAAUCUGCAUUCACGGGAUCGUGGGGCCGCCCUCAAAGAGAUGGUCCUGCUCUUCGUGCUACCGCUUUGAUUACUUACUCGAAAUGGUUGAUCAACAAUGGGUAUUCUUCCACUGCCAGCUCUUUGGUUUGGCCAAUCAUCCAGAAUGACUUGUCAUAUGUUACACAGUACUGGAAUAAUACUGGCUACGAUCUCUGGGAAGAAGUUGAUGGCUCCAGCUUCUUCACGAUCACUGCCCAGCAUCGUGCACUUGUUGAGGGUAGUGCUCUAGCUUCUCUUCUCGGCAAAUCAUGCACCUAUUGUGAUUCUCAAGCACCUCAAGUUCUCUGCUUUUUGCAAAGCUUCUGGGGUUCUUCUCAAGGGUACAUUCUCGCGAACAUCAAUGAGAAUAACGGACGUACUGGCAAGGAUGCCAACACGCUUCUUGGUGCCAUCCAUCAGUUUGACCCCGCAGCUGGCUGUGAUGCAACCACCUUCCAACCCUGCUCCGAUCGUGCUCUCGCGAACCACAAGGUCGUUACAGAUUCCUUCCGAUCUAUCUAUACCAUCAACUCAGGUAUCGCUGAAGGAACAGCUGUGGCUGUCGGUCGAUACCCAGAGGAUAGCUACCAAGGAGGCAAUCCAUGGUAUUUGAAUACCCUUGCAGCAGCUGAGCAGUUGUACGAUGCUCUGUACACUUGGAACAAGCAAGGAUACAUCACUGUAACUUCCACUUCCCUCGCAUUCUUUCAGGACUUCAGCUCAUCUGUCGCGGCUGGCACUUACGCAUCUUCAACGUCGACCUACACCACCCUGUACAAUGCAGUCAAGACAUAUGCAGAUGGCUACGUGAACGUCGUCGCCACUUAUGCACAGUCAAACGGCUCCCUGUCCGAGCAAUUCUCAAAAUCCAACGGUGUCCCCCUUUCAGCAUACGAUCUCACAUGGUCAUAUGCAGCUUUCUUGACAGCAGCAGCUCGCCGAGCAGGUGUGGUGCCAUACUCUUGGGGAGAGCCCAGUGCUUCAAGUGUGCCAGCAGUGUGCUCCUCAACCUCAGCCACGGGAACCUACUCCACCGCACCGACAAGCUCGUGGCCAUCUAGCCAAACUCCCAUCUCAGGCUCAGUAACCACUACCUCAACAUCUGUCACAACCACCGGAACCGGAACUACAACUUCUACCACCUCCACCAGCACUACUUCAUCCUGUGCGACCGCCACAUCCGUAGCUGUCACGUUCGAUGAACUCGUGACCACGACGUACGGCGAGACGAUCAAGAUCGCCGGCAGCGUGGCAUCACUCGGAGACUGGGAUACAUUGGACGCCGUUGCUCUUUCCGCAAGUUCCUACACUUCCUCUAACCCACUAUGGGACGUCGCUCUGAGCUUUGCUCCUGGAACCGUCAUCCAAUAUAAAUUCAUCAACGUCGCCAGCGAUGGAACAGUCACCUGGGAAGCGGACCCGAACCACACUUACACUGUUCCAGCAACUUGCGCUACAGCUACCACGGUCAGCAGCAGUUGGCAAUAG